AGUUGCAUUAAGGAUUUACAAUGCAUCUACAGCAAGAGUGAUCUGACACAGAAUGCAGAGUUGAGUUCAGGGUUGAUUGGACUUGUUACCAGCAGAUGUGGACAAUUGCAGGACCUGCUAGUUUUCCAAUUCACUGAAUCUCUUUCGGCAACAAACAUGUCCCAUUCAGAUUCAGAGGAUUCCUCAAAAAAUGAAUUCCAUCUUGAAGUCCACAGCAAGGAUACACUUGCUGCAUUAAGCAAGGGAGACAAGAACAAAGAUGGAAAAGAAGAUCAAAAGUCCACCAUGGAUUCAGCCAUCGAGAAAGAAAGUGACAAUUUUUCCAUCAAAUGUGGAAUUAAGCUGGAUUUCAUUUAUCAAGUUCAGAGCAGUGGGAACAACACUCAAGAUAUCAAUGUUUACACAAGAGACAGAAUCUUUGAUGCUGUGGCAAAUGAGGAUGUAGAAGACUUGGCUGGACUGCAGGAGUAUCUUCGACAAACAAUGGCUAAACUCACUGACACAGUAUAUACAGAUCCUGCCACAGGGAAGACGUGCCUACUAAAGGCCAUGUGGAACUUGAAGAAUGGAAUGAAUGACACAAUCCCGGUCUUGCUGGAAGCUGCUAAACAAACUGCUAAUCUGAAAGAUUUGGUAAACGCUCCAUACACAAAUGCGUACUAUCACGGACAGACCGCACUUCACAUUGCCAUAGAAAAAAGAAACUUCCAAUUAGUUGAACUUCUAAUAAAAGCACAAGCGAAUGUACAUGCCAAGGCAGAUGGAGAGUUUUUUCAAAAGAAAAAGAAGGGAGUUGGUUUUUAUUUUGGAGAGCUCCCUCUGUCUCUAGCAGCGUGUACGAAUCAGCCCGAUAUUGUAAAUUUCCUUCUAAAUAACCCAUACCGGAAAGCUGACCUCGCUGCCAGAGAUAGCCAUGGAAACACUGUAUUACAUGCUCUGGUUUUGGUGGCAGAUAACACAAAAGAGAAUACAGAAACAGUAACUAAAAUGUAUGAUGAUAUUUUGAAGAAAUCAGUGAAAAUGAAUCCACAACUCAGACUGGAAGAAAUUCCCAACAAGGAGGGAUUAACUCCUUUAAAACUGGCAGCAAAGACUGGCAAAAUUGAGUUGUUCAGACACAUACUUCGGAGAGAGAUAACAGAGCCAGAGUAUAAACAUCUUUCUCGAAAGUUCACAGAGUGGACCUAUGGACCAGUGCACACAUCACUAUAUGAUCUGUCAUCUGUGGACACACAUGAAAGGGAUUCUGUUUUGGAAACAAUUGUAUUUAAAAGUAAUGCCAAUAAUCGACAUGAUAUGAUCGUACUUGAACCAAUCAACCAGUUGCUGCAAGACAAAUGGGAUGCAUUUGCUGGCAAAAUAUUUUAUUUGAAGUUCCUCUUGUAUAUUGCUUAUAUGAUCAUAUUCACAGUGACAGUUUACAACAGACCCCGUGUUGGACAGCCUCCAUUCCCUUUAGAAGGCACCGUAACAGAUUCUUUUCGUGUGUUUGGAGAAAUUGUCAUCAUGGUUGGUGGUGUCUACAUCCUAAUAUGGCAGAUUAUCUAUUUCUGGAAGAGACGACCCUCUGCAAAAAUCAUAAUGAUGGAUGGUUAUUUUGAAGUCCUUUUCCUCCUCUAUUCAAUAAUAUUACUUUGUGGUGGCGUUGUUUACUUCGCAGGGAGUGAAGCUUAUGUCACCUUUUUGGUCUUGGCAAUGGUGAUAGGAUGGAUAAAUAUGUUAUAUUACAGUCGUGGCUCCCAGCAGACCGGAAUCUACAGUGUCAUGAUACAGAAGGCUAUACUGAGAGACAUGCUUCGCUUCUUGUUUGUGUACCUUGUCUUCCUUUUUGGAUUUGCAGCAGCUCUGGUAACACUUGUCGGAGAAGCUCCGCAAGAUUCUGGAAACAGCACUGAGGCUGAGAAAAGUGAAGGAGUAUCCUAUUCUGGACUGUAUAUCACCAUUUUGGAACUCUUCAAGUUUACCAUUGGCAUGGGAGAUCUGACGUUCAAUGAGAACCUUAAAUUUAAGCACUUCCUCAUGUUCCUGCUCAUCCUGUAUGUAGUACUUACCUACAUUCUUCUCCUGAACAUGCUCAUUGCCUUAAUGAGUGAAACUGUCAGUAAGAUAUCUAACAAGAGCGAAAGGAUAUGGAAGCUCCAGAGAGCUGCCACCAUCUUAGAUACUGAGAGGUUCUUACCUCAGCUGCUUAGGAAGAAGUGGGAAUCUGGACACUGGCUAACGGUGGGGAAAAACCCAGAAGGAAAUCCUGAUAAAAGAUGGUGCUUCAGAGUAGAGGAAAUGCUUUGGGAUGUAUGGGAGAAUAAUCCAUCCAAUCUUAACGAGGAGCCUGGUGACAUGGAAGAAGAAAAACCGACGUCAGUAAAGAGAGAUACUAAAGGAUGGAAACGUUGGGAUUCCAAACAUAAAAAAAAGGCAAGAGAAGAAGAAAAAGCACCUUUUAAUUCUAAUUCCACAAGCCCUACCACGCAUGUUGAGGAGGAUUAUGAGCCAUCAUCAUGA